UCACAAAAUGGCCGGCGUUAGGACCUCAGGGACAAUUAGGCGAGAUGCACACUGGUGGCUGAAGGAAGUUAAAAUAAUCUCAGUCUCAAUUGAUGUCUCUUAUUCUAAAUAGAUUACCUAUUGCGGAUUUGCUAUUAAAGCAAACGUAUCCAGAAUCACAUGGUACAUAAAAUAUUAGUUUCUGCUACACAUUAUAAUCAACUUUUAAAACGACAACAAGCGAGCGACCUUGCUUGGCUGACAAGAUACUCACACAAAAUGGCUGGCUUUAGGACCGCAAAACAAUCACUUCCAUACGACCGGCGCCGUUGGAGACGACUAACUAGCUACAUUUCUUCUAGCUAAUACAGUAAGGAGUUUGCUGCACUCAAAAAGUUGACUUGGAACAAGCAAGGACCAGAGGAAUUAACAGGGAUCAGCACAAGAUUGAAAUGUGGUUUAGGGACAGAGUUAUUGUGUGGCACAUUCAGCAGAUGUUCAUCAGGUCACGUGCUUCCAGCCUCAGUGUGCAGGUCCUCCUGGUGGAGGUUGCCCAGUGUGCUGCAGCCAGACCCCUCUCCCUGGAAGGCGGAGUUUUCAACUAGUAAUUUCCACGUCUCCAGUCCCCUAUGUUAUAUCCCAAGGAAAGUCAGUGGUCAAAAUUUAUGUUAAUUCUUGCACACUUCUGCAUUUAUUCACAUUUAAAUGAAGAUAAUUCAAUGACAUUUGAAGGCUGAGAUGUGAAAACUCAUUUCAUAUUUAUUUUUGUUUGGAAAGGUGUUUCUUCCACCCUUUUUGGUUGAAAUUACUGCAGGAAAGUUGUCUCCCCCGCCCUGCCCACAAUCCGUACCUUCUCAUGGCCUCUCAGGAUCUAGGUCGGACCAAAGGCUUUCCCUGUAAGCAGUGUGACACAGUGUUGCCCAGUAUGCCCAGUCUUCUAGAGCAUAUGGAGACUCAUUACCGGAAAGAAGAAGAGCGAAAGUUCAGGUGUGACCGAUGUGGCCGUUGCUACAGGCACCCUGGCAGCCUGGCAAACCACAAGAAGACUCACAAAGUGGGCUCUUUCCAGUGCCACAUAUGUGCCAGGAACCUCUCAAAUCUCCUGGCAUUGAAAAACCAUCUACGCAUUCAUACAUCUGGCAAAAAGUUCCCCUGCUUGCAGUGUGGGGAGACUUUUAGGCUGGCUGCUCAGCUUGCCACACACUUGAAGGUUCAUCAUGCUGGGGGAUCCCAAGGAACAUCUGAGAAGAAUGAGAUUCUACAGGAGACUACAGAGUAUCCACAGAACAGAGAAAAUGCUGAUGAACGUGAGACUGCAUUCAAUGAACAGGAUAUCAGUUUACUAUCAGGUCUUUCAGAAUCAGUGAUUGAAACUGUUCCCUCGAGUAGCCUGAAUGACAGACUGACGCCAGACUUCAGUCUUGAUUCGAGCAUUGAGAAAGAAACGCUGGUCUCAAAUGACACCAUGAAUCGUCCUUUCAAGUGCGACCAGUGCAAGAGGACAUACCGACACCAUGGCAGUCUGAUCAAUCACAAAAAAUCUCACCAAGUUGGGGUAUUUGACUGUCCUGUGUGCUACAAACAAUUCAGCAACUUGGCUGCCCUCAAGAGCCAUCAACGUAUUCACACAAAGUCCAAGUCCAAGUCUGGAGCGCUUCACGUUGGGUUAUCUCACCCAAGCAAAUCACCAGAUCUGUCCCAGCCUGUGCCAAAAAAUGGGGAUGUAGCUGUGCACUUCUGUCACUUGUGUGAAGUAUCUUUCCCCAAUGAUGAUGAUUUCCAGGAUCACAUCCUGUUACAUAACACGUCCUCUCUUAGUCUUGGGCUCUCAGCUGGUUUAACAGAUGGUUUGUCCUGUGACUUUAACAUUAACCAGUCAGACAAUGCCAACUGUUGUCAACCUUCCCUUAGUGACACUCCACCUCUGUCAUCACUGCUGGACAAACAAGAGUCAUUUGACCAGAUGCUGGAGCCUAUCAAAAGUGGUCAGAUGUACACUUGUGCCUAUUGUGGACAAGGAUACAGUGACUUGGACAGCCUCAAAGCUCACUCUGCCACUCAUCAGUCUCCAUCUCCCGCAAACAUUCAGGGAAAGUCUACAGAGUUCCAGAAGCAUGACAAUGAUUUACGCAUGUUAGAGUCAGCAUUGGCUAAUGAAAUGAAAGAUCACGAAUCCUCAGCUGCAGAUACUGGUGAGCGCCGGUUCAAGUGUCAGGUCUGUAACAAGAGUUACCGGCAUGCUGGGAGCCUUAUCAACCACAAGAAUUCUCAUCAGACUGGCGUUUACCAGUGCUCCAUCUGCCGUAAACAUUACCCGCACCUGGCAGCCCUGCGUAGCCAUCUGCGUAUCCACAAGGCCCGGCCUCAUACAAUGCCCCUCAGUUCAGAGGGUGACUGGCUCUCUCCUGAACCCCUCACUCUUGAAGGCCAUCUGGGAGACUUGCAGACUCAGGACUUUGAGGAUGAGGAAACCGGUAUGCUCCACCUUAGUCAAAAUUUGGGAGAGCCUGCACAUAUUAAUCUUGAAAGCAGCCAUAGCAAUGGGCUGGAUGAAUUUGAGAUCCAUGAGACAUUUGACACUGCUUUCCCUCCGCACAGGCUUAAGCAGUUACCUCUACCUCAAGGUGAACCCCAUGCUGAGAGGCACAUGUGUGCAGACUGUGGGGAGACAUAUGCAGAUAUUGCAGGGAUCAAGUCACAUACGUGCCCACAUCGACACCAGCAGCAGGAGGCUUUGAACAAUGGUUUCGUAGAUGAUGUUGAUAUCCAAGAUCCAGGGACAAAGGCUCUGCUUGAACAUGGGGGAAUUGAAAUAGGGUCCAGGGCACACAUGUAUGACCCAAACCAGAGACACUGUAGAGGCCCUGACUUCCAUGAAAAUACUUUUAUGAACAGUGGUGAUGAGGCAGACAAAAAUGAAGAUGAUGACGGAGAGGUGUAUCAGUGCUCAGUGUGCGGGACCCAUUACACUAAUAUGCAGACAUUAAGGAACCAUCUUCAUAGCCAUACCCAAUCCCAGAGUAUAGCCACCAGUACUGGUCCUUCUUCUCUGUCCUCCCUUGAGGAGGAUGAGGAGGAGGACUUAAGUGAGGGUCAGAAAAAAAAUGUUAGUCUGAUAAUCUGCAGUACCUGUGGAGAGAGCUUCUCUGCGGAGCAGGAGCUGCAGGAGCACCAACAUAUGCACAGUCAGACCAUUGAAGAUGAAACUGUACUGAACGAGGGAGCUAGCAGUCACUAUGCUAAUGGACAGAGGGAUGAGGGCAUGAUUUGUGGUAUGUGUGGUGUAGCAUGCAAAGAUUAUCUCCAACUAGAGACCCACUUGUGUUCAGAUCAAGGAAGAAUGGAAGGGGAAAAGAAUGAAGAAAACAUUGCUGCUGGGAAAAUUGAAGGCAUACAUUCGGGGGACCACGAGGAGAGCCCAGAUUUGGAAAAUCGGCCACAUAAAUGUGAACAGUGUGGCCGUGCCUACAGACAUGCUGGUUCCUUACUCAACCACAAGAAAUCACACAAAACUGGGGUCUUCCGUUGUUUUGUCUGCCAGAAGCGCUUCUACAACCUUUUAGCCCUCAAAAAUCACCAAAGGACACACUUUGAUGUUAAGAGGCACAAGUGUGAAGAGUGUGGUAAAGCCUUCAAAAUCCAGAAGCAACUCCUGAAUCACAUGAGAAUUCAUAAAGAAAACCGAGCUAGAGUCAAGGAGCUCAAUCAGCAACUGCAGACCCUCAUUCAGGCGAAUAGGACUGAAUCAAAUGGAGGACCUGACAUCCAUAAUGUAAAUGCCAAGAUGGAUGACAAGUCAAGCUCUUGGCGCAGAAACUCCAGGCCCAGAGGCCGAGGAACCACUGUCCAUUGUAAUAGGUGUGGGGGAAACCACAGCUGCAAAGUCUGCCCUGCAGUGGGUACUUUGGUGGAGCCACAGGUUGAGGUCAAGUCAGAGGAGGGAGGGAAUGACCAUCGCCCCUAUGCCUGUGACCAGUGUGGACGAACCUAUAGGCAUGCAGGGAGCCUUGUCAACCACAAAAACUCCCACAAGACAGGCGAGUACUAUUGUUCUGUUUGCAACAACACAUAUUCCAACCAGCUUGCUAUGAAGAACCACCUACGUAUCCACUUUGCUGUGAAGAAACACACUUGCCAGGACUGUGGGAAGGCCUUCCGGGGACAGAAGCAGUUGUCUACUCAUGCACGCUCACACCGCAGGAAGAAAGCACGCACAACUGGGGGUAGGGGAGGUGGUAAUAGACGAGCGAAUGAGGGCAAGGUUACAAAAUGUAAGGAAUCCAGUCAGGCUUUUACCUCAGCUGCUGAACUUUUAUCCCAUACCAGUGAACUACAGCUACCAUCAGCUUCUACAGAGGGUCACCUGAAUGGUGUGAAAAAUGAACCUUGUGGCAGUGCACAAGCAGGCGAAAAGGAGGAGCGUCCCUUUGGCUGCAGUAUCUGUGGCCGUACCUAUCGUCAUGCUGGUAGCCUUCUAAAUCAUAAGAACACUCAUAAGACAGGCCACUUCAACUGCUCCUUCUGUGCCAAGCCCUUCUCAAAUCCCAUGGCGCUGCGAAACCAUACACGCAUUCAUACACAGAAGAAGAAGCAUGUCUGCACCACGUGUGGCAAGGCGUUUCGCCUUGCCAGUAUCCUUCACAACCAUCAAAACAUCCAUAUUCGGGGGGACAUACACUUCAACUGCCCUGUUUGUGGCAAAAGUUUCCAGGGUAGGUCUGGGUUGAAGAGACAUCGCUGCCAGAAGAACCAGGAAGGUCGGAAAAAAGCCACUGAAAGUAGGGCAGAAGGAAGAGAGAGGUGCUUCACGUGUGAAGAAUGUGGUCGUUCAUACCGCCAUGCUGGCUCUUUGCUUAAUCACAAAAAGACACACACUACUGGCAUCUACCAUUGUAACAUUUGCUUAAAGACCUUCUCCAACCUGUUAGCACUCAAGAACCACCGCCGCAUUCACUCAGAGGUGCGACGUCACUGUUGCCCUGACUGUGGCAAGACAUUCCGUGUGUCUUCACACCUACACAGCCACCGUCGAGUGCACAGCAAAGAGCAGUCUGUCUCAUGCACACCCUGUCAGCGAACCUUCCCCAGUUUGACCAGUUUGCAGCAGCAUCAGGAACUGCAUAGCCAGAUGCAGCAACAUACAAUGCAGCAGAGUGACCUUGGGGGAGAGGAGAUUGGGGCUGACUUUAACUGGGGCUCAGGACUAGACCUUUCCCUAAUGCAGGCUCAAGGACUGGAUCCAAAUGGGCUUCCACGGCUGGCAUCAUCUUUCUCCUGUCUGGACAACAGCCAUCCAUCCGAGUUGCAGAAGCAGCAGGACAGCCAUGGAGCCGAAGCAAAGGGAGCGAAGGUCCACGUCUGUGAACACUGUGGUCGCACCUACCGACAUGCCGGCUCCCUACUUAAUCACAAGAACAGCCACAAGAUAGGAUGCUUCUUUUGCUCUGCAUGCCAGAAGGAGUUCUCCAACCUAAUGGCCCUGAAGAACCACAGGCGUAUCCACACGGAGCCCAAGCGUUUUCAGUGCCCAGAAUGUGGCAAGGCCUUCCGGGUUUCCACUCAACUCAUAUGUCAUCGUCGUAUCCAUACUAAAGAGAAGCCCUUUUCUUGUUCACAGUGUGACAAGCACUUCUCUAGCAAGUCCAAUUUGCGCCACCAUCAGAAAGUCCAUCAGAGCCAGCAGAAUUUUGAGGCCACGCUGGACACGAGUGCAAAUUCCUUUAUGGGCCUUAGUAUGAGUCCUUUCCUGUGAAGCGGGGCUUUUUUUAAGGUGAGCUGGUGUCAUCUGCUGCCAUCUAAACAGAAAAGGGAUUACAGUUCCCAGUGUUAUUUGGACAAAUACGGCCAAAUUAUUAAUGUCAGCAUCUAGCAUUUCCAUUGCAUCAGCUUUUCUCUAAGAGAGCUGUGUUUGGAGAGGGCUAUGCAGUGCAUAGAGUCUUCAAACUCGGAAGCCUGACUGGCAAGACUGCACUCUGCCUUUUAAUGAUCAUGACACUAUUAAGGCUUGUGGUGAAGCUGAUAUCUCAGGAUGGAUUUCCAAUGACAUUCCCCACAUCCCAAGUGACCAAACUAUGGCCUAUAGAAAACCAGAAACCUACACAGUUGUGUGGUUAUCUAAGGGUUGUCUGAAAUUAUCCAAGCUUAAGAGCAACAGUAGUUUAGUUGCUUGGAUCAUAUUCUUAGGUCCUGUGGACAGGAGUGACAUGGCAGAAUCGUUAUAAGACCAGUUUAAAGUGUAGAGGUAGUCAAAAGACACAACAUUUGUAAGAUCAGUAAAAGUCCACUCCUUGAGCACACAGACUUCCAAUUGAUUGAUGGCUGACCUCAUACCCCUUCACAUCAUUUUGCUGCUUAACAUAAUUUCUGCUUCUUUUUCCUCCUCAAAACACUUCAUACUUUGCCUCCUCACAACACAUCAUUUGAAAUAUGUACCUUUGGAAAAUGACAUUUGGGCCAUCAUAGCUGGCUUCAGACUCUUGAACCAGGUGGUUUUUCUUGCCAGUCAAAUCUUGCAGUGAUGUAAGAAUAUUAAAAACAUAUAUUUAUACUUUAUUUUUAAGAGGAAGUACAGUGAAAUGGGAUCUUUAUGCCUGGAGUAAUUUUACUGGCAGUGCAGUAUUUUAAUCCAUCCCUGAGUGUACAACUUAUAUAGCAGAUAUUUAAUAAGUAAUAUGAUUUAACUUAAAUGUCUGAGCAAACAAUACCUGCUGCAGAAGAGUUUUCUUGCAUGGAAUUACAUACCCAUUGUUAAAGUGGUAUCAAACCCACCCACAUGUUGCAUUGUCCCCUGGUUACAACACUCGUAUUUGAAAUGAAUAAUAUGGAAACAGUGGGCCUCAUUUAUCAAUCGUGAGCCAAACAAAUUUGAUUGUAAAUUGUUCGUAAAUGUAUUUAUGCGAACAAUACAGGAUUUAUAAAUGUUUUUGUAUGUGUUUAUUCAUAGGAUCCAAACAAAUUUCACUAGUGCUCUAAACUGUUAAUAUUGUGUGUGUAAAUCUGUGGAAAAAACGAUUUCAAAGCUUUUUUUGCAUAUUUUGCUUUUAUUUUUCCCAUUCAUUUGUGUUUUAUUUUGAUUAAAAAACAAUAGCAAAAUUAAUUUAAUGAAUUAUACAGUUAGUCAAUUGAAUAUUAUAAUUGUUCAAAUUAUUAUAUAAAAAUCACAAUUGGAUUCAACAUUAAAAUAGAUAUGCUUAAUUUGUGUAAUCCUGAUUAAUGCUUAAUUGCAAUUAAAUAUAAAUUCCAUGAAACACGUAAAUGAAGUUUGCUAUAAAUAGGGCACAGUCAGCUUAGGCCUUCAUUACUAUGUCUUCUCUUGCUUUAUUGUUAGCUUUGUUACAAAUGAAGAUUUUGUUCUUUGCAUCUAGUUUCAUGUCAAACCAUUUUUACCUGUUAUGCAGAAUUUGAGGGUUUACACCAAUAGCUAAGGGAGAGUCGCCAUAAAUGUAACAGUUGUUGGGUUUUGCUCGGUUACUCAGAAAAUAUUUAGCCAUACACUUUGAAAUUUUUCUUCAAACAGCCUUGACAUGUCUGUAGUCAUUAGACGUUUGAAUUACAUUCAUAACUUAAUCGAGUCAGAUACAAUUAAAACAAAAGUACAUGCAAUCCAAUGUUGCAUGCACACCUAGUUGGUAUGAUUGUAACAGAUGUACAAAAAAUUUUUACACCCUAGAAUGUCUGCAUAUACGUUUUUUUUUUUUUUUUCCUCAUUUUAAUAAAUUGUUCCAAUGGUAACGUGAGACCAGACAUUAUGAAGCAUGGCUUUAUUCGUGAAAGUCAAAGGUAAACGUUAACGUACAAGCAACUUCGUAACUUACCAUGAAGUGAGUUGCGAUAACGUCCAAAUUGACAAGGAGAGCUGCUUUUGUUUAUUUCUUAACUAACAGGUAAGCUUUUACAAAGCAAAUGGCCUGCUAUACAGACCAAUCUGGUGUGUGCUUAUUAUAAAUGCUUGUGACCAGAUGGCUGUUUCUUUUCUAUUAAUCACUUGGAACAUCUGGAUGAUGAGGCUAUGGCAACGCAGCAAGCAAAUCAGAUGAACACAUUUAACAUUAAACACUGAACUAACAGAGUUAAACAUAUUGAUGAGUAAAAGUAAAUUUUUUAAUCAAUAUUAAACACCAUUUAAAAUGCCUAAAGUCUCCCCAAAAGGACACUGCAUGUAGAUGGUUUUCAGAACCAUCUAGUGUCCCUAAUCUCAAAUCUGAAACCCUCACCAUGACAUCCCUGGGUACCAACCCUUUUGUUUUCUCCUUAGAUGGCAUUCUGUAAACAUGACCGCAAAACAGCAUGUUAUAGCAAGUGAGAUGUGGCAUAACUGUAACAGCUGUUACAUUUAUACCGACAGGGACAUCAUGUUUUUUUGGUAACCUAGCAUUCAGUUCCCGCUAGACUAGACUCCGACCAAUCAUACUGCCUUUUAAAGGACAGACAACUUUUUAAAAAAUGAUGUAUGGUUUGAUUUAUUGUAAAUAAAUAUAAGCCUUAUACCUGAAAAUGACUUCUGGCAUGGCUUUUCACUCACCUUACUCUAAAACAAUAUUGCUGAAUCGUGAAUGUACAAACCUGAAAUGGCUGUGGUAGAUGCAUGGUAUGUUAAGUUAUUGCCCCUGUUACAUUUGCGCCAGGCUUUAGCCUUUUCCAGCCCUGACACUCCACUGCUUACUCUACAGAAUAAAAUAUGUUUUUGGCUUGUACUUCUAGUAACAGCGCUUCAAUCUCCACUUCAGAGAAGUUUUUAUGUUAUUUAAUCUUUCCUCAGCCAUCUCUUUAAAUUGCCUGUAAUAAAUUUCUAAGCUCCUUAUAUGGUAUUUUAGGGUGUUAAUCUAUGCUUAUUGCAAUUUUUUUUGAACGCGCUUUUCAUUUACGUUUGAUUGGUAUUUAUCAUGCGCACAUGGAUAGGAAAAAAAGGCGUGUCUAUGAGCGUUGGAUAAAUAGUGAAAUGUCUUAUUUUGCUUCAGAUUACGAAUUUAUUUACACAGUUUGAAAAUAGUAUGAAAAUAUUGAUAAAUGAGGCCCAAUGUUAUAGCUCUCUAGCCAAAAGUUGAACAUGUCAUAACUAGCCUGUAGUGUGUAAAUUCAUACUGUAAUUAGAUGGCACAGUCAGUGCCAGGUCAUCGCAAAACAGCAUGUUGGAUGUAAAAUCUGGAGUCAGGACCCAUCGCAUGUUUCUGAUACCCACAAGCAUUUUUGCCAUGCAGUCAUAUUGCGUAUAUUUGCUUUCAGAAAUCCAUUUUUUGAUGCUUCAUGUGCAACGAUUCAUUGCAUCAAGAAAUCUUUAAUUUGACCACAAUGUGACCAUUCGAUAAAUUUAAAUGCAAAAUCAUUUCCAAAAUGUGUUUGAUUAAACACACUAGGCCAUUAAAAUAAUACUCCUUGCUUCAA